AUGUGUACAAACAAACUCAGAGUCCGGAAUUGGUUGGAUGCUAUAUGUAUCAAGUUUGCCAUCCUUUUGACGUGUGUUUCUCCUACCUGGAAAAUCAUUCAGUUGUUACUUCUGCAGCAUUUCACCACACAAAGAAAGGUUUUGCUUCUCGGACUGUUAACCAAUCACAACAACGCAAUGGGUAUUCCGUCGGAACUGAGGGACAUGUUCUUACCCGACAAAAAGGGUGUCUUAGUUGCUUCUCCCGCUGAGGACAGGAAGAUUUUGAGGACCAAGCAAUGCACUAAUGAAGGUGUGCGUGCUGGAUUCAAGGCAGCUUCCAUUGCUUGUGUUGCUAGUGCUGUGCCUACGUUGACUGCAGUUCGUAUGGUCCCAUGGGCAAAGGCAAACCUCAAUUAUACUGCUCAGGCACUUAUCAUAUCUGCUGCAACCAUCGCUGCUUACUUCAUCACUGCUGAUAAAACUAUCUUGGAGUGUGCAAGGAAAAAUUCCCAGCUUGAAGAUGCUUUGAGACACAAUCAACAAUAG